AAUUGAUAUUUGAUUUACGUGUACAAGCGUUUAGAAUUACACAUAUAAAUUCGGGUGGGAAAUAUAUAUCUCUCUCUCGAUAAUGUGUGUUUUAUGUUAAGUGCGAAAGAGCCGCAUUGCGCAUUCCGAUGAGAACAGCUAAAUGUGAAUGGUAUUUCUGCAUCGUUUUGCAUUUCUGGUCGCGAUCAGUAACGUUAUACUUGGCGAUACGAUCAAAGAAAAAAAAAAUUCCUGGUAAACACUUUACGUACCUACGUUUAAACGCGUUGCAGUCUUAAAUGUCGUCGAUAUGUGAGAAUCUUAUCGUUAUUUCCCGUGAAAACGAUCUGAUCGUAUCUAUUGCAACGUUAGCCCAAUAUUGAGCUGUUCAUCGUAAAUGAAAUUCCCUCAAAUUAAAUGUGCGCGACAUAACGGAACGAUUCUUUUUUACGAGAGAUCAAUGUCGCGUAAUUCGCGGAGCGCGCUAAUCUUUAGGGGUCGCGGCGGGAUAUUCACGUUGAUAACACGGUAACCCGGAUAACGAUAGCAAUGUCAACAUAUAUGACGGCCCGAUACGCCCUAUCUGAUCGCCGAUAUGUACUUUUAUUGCUCCGGGAAUAAAGCGACAGCGGGUUUGAAUUUAUAAUUGAUAAAUCGAUCCGCAAAACCGUCGGAAGCUGCGGAAUAUUAUAUAUAUGCACCAGAAUAUUAUAUGCGUCCCUUUCUCUCUUUCUCUUGCCUCUCGUGGCGUCGCGACGUCUCGUCUUUCUGUAUACAUCCACAUUUGUCUUCCCGCCGCUAUCUAAUUUCCCUCUCUCUUUCUCCUAUUCUAUUUAUUUACCCUAUACCCUUUCUUGGCCGUCCCUCUUUCUUCGCUUUCUCUAUUCUGUUCCACCUACCUUUUCCGCGGCGAUUUUCCCCUCCCUCUCCGCCGCCCCCGUCUAUCUCGCGACGUCUCUCCCUUUCGACGAAAGCGGAGACCGCGGCGGAGAACGAAAAGAGGCCGAAAGAGAGCUCUCUCUGUGUGACACUGGGCGCGGGUGAGCGCCGGAAAUAUCACCGCGCGUGGCAUCUCGUCUUGCUCUUGUUCGCCGGCGUUCACCAAGCCGGGCACCGUCAACCAAAGAGUCGCGCGUCGCGUUGCUCGUGCACAGUCGCGACAAAUUUCCCGUCGUCUCGACCAACACGCCCGCCUCGUGUCGGCCCCAUUUACUCGGUGAUUCGCGUUUUCCGCAUGGGAAAUCGCGGGGAAUCGCUCGCCCAUCUCUCAGCCGAUAAUUCAUCACGGAGAUGUUCCGGUGCAGCGAAUUCCGCUCACGCGGAAUCGCACGAGCGUGAUAAUAGCGAACGUAAACGCGCGUUGCACAACCGGACGUUCCCUUCGAUGUGGCUGCCUGUCCGCGAAAACGAUUUCUCCCUUCGGUUCUUCUGAUCUCGAAUAUCAUUAAAUCACGUUGUUUCUCAGAAGAUGCAUUUUCCGACAGUAAGCUCUUGAAAGGGGAAAGCCAUAUAGUUAUCUCUCAACCGUGCAUGGUGAAGUGUAAAAGGUUUAAAGUCGCAUCUUCCACGAAAUCUGCACAUGGUAAAAGUUAUCGAGUAAAUCGCUGCUGCUGACGUGUAUUAUCUAUUGAUUCACACGACGAGAGCUUCGCGCGAGGUGGCCCGAGUGAAAUUUACGCGGUGUUAAAAUUAGCCUUGUGGUCCACUUGAACCUCCACUAACACAGUUAAGGGUUACAAUCUCUUCCGUUGAAACCGUCGUGUAAAUCAUUUCGCUCAACACAGUGCUUCGCGCGGGACGCUUUAUUUCUUCCGUACUGUCUUACUUCUAAAUUCAGAGUUCGUUGCCCCUCGUAGUCGCAAAGAUACCGAUAGGAAAACAUAUAGACAUUUGUUCUCGCGAAAUAUCAUCCGCGCGAUCGAUUUGAUCUGCUGAGAGAUCUCGAAGGAAGAUAUGCAGAAGAUAUAUACUUGAAAUAUUCAUUGUUACAGAUUUAAAAAAUUUUCUACUUACCGUGCCGCAAAUUUUUUUUUAUCUUCUAUGUGAGUAGAAAUCUCGAUAGAAGAUUGAAUCUCUUGCUGUUGCAACUUGCAACUUGUGUACAUUUGGAAAAGCUUCGUCUUUCGUCGCGCUAACCCGUUAAAUUAGCGUCAAUUCGCCGUCACGCAACAACGAGUACCGUAAUUACAUCCCCGGGGCUGGAGGAGGGAGGCUUAUGUCACCCGUUUACUCGACGAUCGCCACGUGAGUGAACACGUGCACGCGUACGCGCGCGCAUCCAAUUCCUCCUACGCAAGCGUGUGUGCGCGUGUGCGCGCGCGCGCGAGCGCAAGUGUGGCGCGAGGAUGGCGAUGGAUCGGACGAUGUAUGGAAAGGUGGAGCGAAGCGACAUUUAUCAGCCUUACAGGAUCACCAUGAAGAAGGGCUCGCCUCCUGGAUAUGCGUUGCUGGCGGACUUGCAGAACACUGUGUCGUCGGAGGGAAAUCACGUCGGCGGAGGUAACGCGACACCCGGUUACGGAUCGCUGAAUGGCGCCCGCAUCCACACGACCACCGGGUACAGAUCUUACGAUAAUCGAACAUCGCCACUGCCACCGCAAUCGCCGACUUAUCAGAAUCGCGAGGCAAUAGAGGAAACCAUGGGUAAAACCGGAAGUACGUCUUACACCCAGGCUGGCACCGGGAGUAAGAUGCCUUCCCUCAAUAACAAUCUUUCCGAGCUGGACACCCUUCUGCAAGACCUGAGCAACGCGCGCUAUAAUGCCCACUUUCAAGAAAGAGACAGCCGCGCGUCCACAGGAAUGAACGGGGGUGCGACCAGCCCCAUGCUCCGUUCUCCAAGUAGCAUGUCAGCCUCUCGACCCACCGUCGACUCGUUGCUCGAGGAGCUAAGCACCGCAGUGCCUAACGGAGACUACCCCGCCGACGGAAAGGUGAGAGUCACCAUACAAGAGACGUCCACGGAGGUACAGCCGGUCUACGACGGCUAUCCCUCCAGUCAGCAAGGCUCGUUGAGCCGAACCGAGGUUCACCGGAGUUACCCUAACGGUCAUACCGCGAGUAACGCUACCAAGGAGCUGGACGACCUAAUGGCUUCGCUUUCCGAAUUUAAGAUCAAUAGCGGCACCCAUCAGCACCAGACGGUGACCGACUCCCCGUACGCGAAGCCCAACAAGGCCACCAAGAGCUCGCAGAGCCCUUUGCCCGCCGAGGGCACGCAGACCCGCGUCCACAUUACCGAGACCCACACGACUCAUCUCUAUCACCCGGGAGAGAGCCAACCUCUCAAGCAGAACCAGUUGGAUUCUAUGCUCGGCAAUCUUCAGGCCGACAUGAGCCGCCAAGGUGUCAACACGACCCAGAAGGGAUGCUGCAGCGCCUGCGAGAAGCCUAUUGUGGGCCAGGUGAUAACGGCCUUGGGCAAGACGUGGCAUCCGGAACACUUCACAUGCACCCACUGCAACCAGGAGUUGGGCACGCGGAACUUCUUCGAGAGGGAGGGUCACCCUUACUGCGAGACGGACUAUCAUAACUUGUUUUCGCCUCGUUGCGCUUACUGCAACGGGCCCAUUCUCGAUAAAUGCGUUACCGCCCUGGAGAAGACCUGGCACACCGAGCACUUCUUCUGCGCCCAGUGCGGCAAGCAGUUCGGCGAGGAGGGCUUCCACGAGCGGGACGGCAAGCCCUACUGCCGCGAAGACUACUUCGACAUGUUCGCACCCAAGUGCGGCGGCUGCAAUCGCGCAAUCAUGGAGAAUUAUAUAUCUGCGCUCAACAGUCAAUGGCAUCCGGACUGCUUCGUCUGCAGGGAUUGCAGACAGAAGUUUCAGGGCGGUUCCUUCUUCGAUCACGAGGGAUUGCCGUAUUGCGAGACACACUAUCACGCCAAGAGAGGAUCCUUGUGUGCAGGAUGCCAUAAACCCAUUACCGGUCGCUGCAUAACGGCGAUGUUCCGCAAAUUCCAUCCCGAGCACUUCGUGUGCGCGUUUUGCCUGAAACAGUUGAACAAGGGCACGUUCAAGGAGCAAAACGACAAACCUUACUGCCAUGGCUGCUUUGAGAAGCUCUUCGGAUGAAUAAUCUUCGUCUUUUUCGAAAAAACAUUUUUUUUGUAACAUAACGAAACGAGUUUCUCUCGGCAUUUUAUUAUUCUUGACGAAAUCCGUACACGGUAUAAAUACUUACUUGCUUUGAUUGUCUAUAUAGAAGUGCAAGACAAGGACUCACAUUGCCUAAAGUAGCCUUCUAGAAUUUCCAUUUUUUUAGUAAAUAUUGACUAAUGGGUAGUUGCAUGCAAAAGAAAUAUCACGAAUAGAUUAAAGGAAUUAAUGGAUUUAUUAUCCUGUUUCGAUCGCCGUUUUUUUUUACGCAAUCGAGAUCAUUUCACACAAUUUCUUCCUUCAAAGAAAAUGAAAUAAGAUUAUAAAAUUGUUAUAUCUGAAUGUACAGUUCAGAUCUCGUUUCUCGAUUAAUAUUGACAAGUAAAUUUCAAUAGAAACUUAAUUUACGGAAAUAAAAAUUGUUGAAAUAUUUAAUGUUAAAAUUAAGAAAUUGCAACAGAUUUUUCUCCUAUCAAAUUUCCAUUUAAUCAAAUUCAAAUUCAUACAGCAAUUAGUAGAUGCGAUAGAACACUCUAAUUUUUGUACGUCUUAGAAAUUCUCUAUUUAAUUUUUCGUGAUAAAUCACGCAUGUUUCUAAAGCUGCUCAGUUUGAGUUCGUUAUGCCGUUUUAAAGAUUAACGAAAAGGGUGCUAUACAAUAAUUCAUUGUUAUUAAUAAUUUGUAUCGAUAUCUAGUAAUAUUUGUACAACCGUCAAUCUUUGCCACCAAAUAUCUCCCCGACGACAGCUCUUCCCAUGCGUUAGAAAUAUUUCGUAUAUUUAUAAAAUAUUUAAAUAGCAUUAGUAUAAUAAUCAUUUCAACAUUACCGCGCGAAUAGCGUUACAUACGCAAAGUUUAUAUACGCCUGCUAUAUCGAGUCGCAUAUAUUGCCAUAUAAAAGUAAUCGAGGAAAUAAAGAUAUACAUAGAACGAAUUCGCGUCACCACGUACAAAAACGACGCUUUAGCGUACAGAGUUGGAAAAUGGAAGGAAGAUAUGCCAUUAUAGUUUUGAGAUUUAUUUCUAUUGAAUAGAACAAAAAAAAUUAGUAUACAUAUAAUAUGUAUAGACAUGUAUACACGAAUAAUAAAUUUCUUAAAUAGGCGCCUGUGUGGGUGUGUAUAUGUAAAAAAAAUUGACCAUUCGUGACUGUAGAAAACUAUUCACGUAUGCUCUUAUAACAUCGAAUAAAUUCGAACAAAUUAUUUUAGAGAUAUAUAUAAAAAUAUAUUCUUACAGCUAA